AUGCAUUCAUUCAAAGAUUUAGACAUCACUGAUACAGAAAAUGAACAAUCAUUAUGUAAUCAACAUCACAACGAGAUUAUCAAAGUUUGUUUAUCACCGGGCUGUGAUCAAUUGAAAUUGUGUCAGUCAUGUCUGUCAAGCCACUUUAGUUCUCACAAGGAAAUCACUAUUUAUUAGUUGUUUAAAGAAGUCCAAGCUAAGCUUUAGAAGGCUUAUAGAGUUGAAAAAUCAAAGGAUAAGUUUGACAUCGUGUUCAAAUAUAUUUAAGAGAUGAGAUAGCAAGUUCAUCACAUUUUUAAUUAAUUAGAACAAGAUAUUAAGUAAUAUUUGAUCGAAAAAAUUAAUAUUGAUGAACUCAACCAAAAUUACCAAACUUUAAUAAAUAUAAAUGAGAACAAUUACACUUAAUACAUCCCAAUACUCAAACUCUACUAUCUCAAUCCAAACAUCUUUUAUGAUGGAUAGUUGUAAUUGGCUGUGGUGGAGGAUACCAUCUUGACCAAAUUGCUAAUACUCAAUGAGAAACUCAAACUCUAAGUUGACAAACUCAAAAAUGAUGCUGAACAACUUUUUGAGAUCAAAACUCGAAAGCCUAGUGAGCAUCAACAGGAGGAUUCCGUUUAGUUGUUAACUACUAUUAAUGGACAUGAAAAUGUGGUAAGGUCUGUGAUCAAACUCCAUAAUGGAGAUUAUGCAACGGCAUCAAGGGAUAAAACUAUAAAGAUUUGGAAUUAGAACACUUUUUAAUGCAUACAAACUUUGAGGGAUCACAUUAAUUGGGUCUAAGAUCUUACACUCAUUCCUGAUAAUAAAUUUGCUAGUUGCUCAGAUGAUAAGACUAUUAAGAUCUAUAUGCAAUUCACCUAAGGUCAAUCAGAGUAUAGACCUUAAUCCGUACUUUGGGAAUGCGUCAACACUUUAAGAGGACACGAAUCCUAUGUAGUUAGAAUUGUAUAUAAUGAUUAAUUCAAUUAUCUUAUCACUUGUUCUACCGAUGGAACUUUGCGGCUAUGGGAUCCAUCAUAAAAGAAUGCUCUAACAGUAUUAUAAGGACAUGAAAAUUGUGUAUAUACUUUAGCCACCCAAGCGAACUUAAUUGUUUCAGGAGAUGAAGGUGGGUAAUUGAUAAAAUGGUCAUUGAACCACAUGAAAAUUGAAUAGAAAGAAAAGAAACACUCAGGAUGUGUCAAUUCUAUCUUGAUUAAUGCUCGCAUUUAUUCUUGUGGAGAUGAUCGGAAAGUCAACGUCUGGGAUACCAACCUUUAAUUAUGUUAUGUUAUUCAAUUGGAAAGAGCAGAAUUGGAGUCAUUAUAAUUUAUUAAUGAUGAGCUAAUUGUGGGUGGAGAUGAAUAGGGAUACCUCUAAUUCAUUAAUCUUAAUUAAAGAAGAGUGAUUUCGGAGAUCCCUGUUCAUAAUGAUCGUAUAUACAAAAUUAAGUAUUACGAUGGAAUCCUAUGCACAGCCAGUUCAGAUUUGUCUGUCAAGUUAUUCAAGUUUAAUAUUUGA